UGGAGCGGCAGUGGGCGGAGCCUGGGCCGGGCUGCAGUCCCUCGGUCUCCGCUGGUCCCACAGAAAACAGCCAGGUCGCUUCACGACUGGGACCCGUGAGCUGUCGAGUCCCUGCCAGAGCAGGGAGGGAAACUUUCCGUUGAAGUGAUGGAGCUGGACAAAAUGGACGAGGGCGACUGGAGGUAUCACGGGGAGGGGAACAAGAGCCUGGUGGUCUCCCACGUCCAGCUGGCCAAAGUUCUCCGCCUGCUCAAGUACCCAGUGGAGGACUCUGAGAACCCUCCUCAGACGGCGGAGCAGGCCUACAGGCAGAUCCAGAGCAUCGUCGACUUCAGCUCCAAUGUAAUGAGCAGCCUGCUGGGAGACAAGUUCACACACAGUGGGGAGGUUGUCAGAUUACCUCUGGAGUUUGUGCGGCAGCUGUCCAUCAAAGUGCAACAUCAGAGACCUGCGUGGCGUUGUGAUAAAGUGAUGGACAUCUACAGCGGCUGUGCUCUGUGUUUACCAAACCUGACGUCGCCUGCCUUCCACCUGCCCACACACACGCCUCCACUCUGCAUUGAGAUCAAGCCCAAGUGUGGCUUCCUGCCGUCCUGUAAAUAUGUCAGCAGAGACAUCAAGACCAAAGUGUGUCGAUUCUGCAUGCACCAGCACUACAAGGUGACCAACGGCAAGUGGAAGAGACGUAGCCUCUACUGUCCUCUGGAUUUGUUCUCAGGGAACAGGCAGAGAAUGCAGUUUGCCAUCAGGCAGCUGGUCGAGGAACCUCAGAACAACUUUAAAAUAUUCAAGGGGGGUCAGUGUAUCUACAGCAGCAAGGAGGAGAGUGAAGACUCCUUGGACAUGAACUCCCUGCUUCAUGUCCUCCGACCGUAUUUCCAGCGUGGAAACAACCGAAUCAACAGUCACAUGACCAACAAAGCUGUUCUGAAUGACCUCAUCCAGGUUUUGGUCAACACGCUGCUGAAUGUGGGAGGAGGGGGAGGAGUCAUGGUGACUGACAGACAAGGCGACGGGAGAAGUUUCUGUGAAGCAAGUUUUUUCGUCAAGGAAAGAAUCCGACACGGUUCUCAGGGUUUACCCAGCGACAGUGUUCUGUCACGGAUACUUCAGACUCAGAUGUUGGACACACUGGACAUUGAAGGCCUCUAUCCUCUGUACUGUCGAGUCGAGCGCCACCUGCAGGAGUACCCGAAAGAACGGUCUCACCUGCAGAUCGACGGGCCGUAUGAUGAGGCGUUUCUGGAGAAGUUGCAGAAAUGUCUGGCAGAUGAUGACGGCUCUGUCGAGUACGCCGUCGCCAAGGUCCAUCAGUACCGUGUUGCCAUGACGGCGAAGGACUGCUCCAUCAUGGUCACGCUGGUCCCGACAAAUGAGGAAGAGGAGGACGAUGAAGGUCUCUCAACUCAGCGGCGUCUCCGGGACCUUGUCUUCUCCAGACACCCGGCCUUCUCUUGCUCAGUCUCAAUUUUGGAUCUGGACCCCAAACCUUUCGAGAGCAUCCCCUUACAGCUGCGCCUGGACCAGAAGAUCAUCUCCUACUACCUGAAGAGUGGCGGUGACUUGCCCAAGGGCUCGCUGACGCCUCUGCCGGGCAUCUUCGGAGGCGCAGAGAGGGACGAGUGCACGCUGCUGUUCCACCCGGUCUGAGCUCACCAGCGCCACCGGAGGAGUUCUGCCCAUCGCCAUGGGGAGUGAUGAGGUCACUGCGGGAGGUGACAUCACCGAUUCACGAGCUUUAUUGUUGUCACGGCAACGGCAUGGGCUUCCUGUCAGGAGGUGAACCUCAGUUCAUCUUUGUAUUUAUCAGUUUGGAUUCACUUCCUGUCUGGAACCGUGUGGUUGCCUGGCAACUGUCUCUGACCCUGUGGAGCGUUGCUGUUGUCACAGCACGAACAGGGAAGUGCCAAGAAAAGUGGAGACCAGGUACUAAUGAUGUCAUUUCCUGAAUGUAGAGUGGAACCUGUGGGAGGUUCUGCUGUGUCUGAGUAACUGCAACAGCUGUUGAUCGCCCGAGGCAAUGGCGACUCAAGUUUACUGCACAUAAUCCAUUGCUUUUGUCUGAUGGUGACGCCUACCUCUUGUUGGAGGGGGCUCAGUCUUAACCUCAAUUUUUGGUGAUGGUGUGUGUGUGUGUGUGUUGAUCUCCAAGGUCAAACACUUUAUUUAAAGAGGCUGGGGUGUGAGAUACGUGGCAUCAGAGGAGUUCCUCUGAAAUGAAGCCCGGGCCAGGCGUGGGGCGAACGCCACCACAGCCUUGAGGCUGCAGGGUUGGUGGCGGAGGUUUGGUGUCGAGACUGUCGCGGAAGGACAAGCCUUGAGUCAGGUUUUUGGAAUGUGGGAUUACUGGAACUAUAAUCCUAUUAUGCUGGUGAAGAUUACAGUCAUUGACGGAGCACGUCCCGCUUCGGAGCCUGAGUGGAUGAACUCCGUCAGCUCGCCCGAGGUUUUGUCUGAAAAUGGCUGUUUUCAUUUGCAGUCUCCUGAAAACACUUGUCAAAUGAGGUGUGUUUUGAAUCAAUCACCGACCAUCGCACAGGUGUGUUCGGGUUAGUGUCCACACAAAAUCACAAUUUGAACCGCUCAGAGAGAUGUGAAGCUUGUGUCUCAUCAGCAGAAGUUUUUUUUUUUUUUGCAAACUGAAGUGUGAAAAUUUGGCCCCGAUGGAGCUGCAGCUGUUGAUGCCAAAAGUGGCUUGUUGUGUUCGUCUAUGUGCCUAAAUGUUCUGAACUGGCAGCGAUGUGUGUGGUAAAAGAUAAUGUAACUGCGACUGCCGGAGGAACAUCCCUUUAAGAAAAAAACCCCCACAUUUUUUACAGAGACAACGGUCCUGGCUCUCAAAUCUAACCAGCGGGACGUCUCAAAGAAAUGUGUGGUAUGAUAAGACAAAGCACAAGUUAUAACUGCAACAUGCGGGACUUUUUUUGUCUCCUCUAAUCCAAGUUAUUUAGAAAUUCUGUGCUUAACUGUCAAAAUCACCAUGAUUUAACGCACUGAUAAAGACCAUUAAACGAUAGUGGAAUAAUUUGUGAGAUCAGUCAAGUGUCUGCAGUACCGUUUUACGCCACUUGGGGGCAUUAUUGCGUCUUGUCUCUGACAAACGCAGGUUGUAGUACAGAGCGCACCUCUGCGGACUCACCGGAGGAGGCAGUCGGGGCUGAUGGGAGCUGGAGGUCUGGAGAGAAGGACUUGGGACAUGGAAGUUCAAUACUCUAUGCUUCACCUGAAGUAACUGUCUCCACUACCAUUUCACUUUCAGUCGCUCUCUGUGUCACACGUGUUUCAUGCAGCACAUUUCAGAGGGUGUACACGUCACAACGCUUGCAUUAUGUGAAGGAGUCCAGACGAGCCACUCCAGCGCCCCCUGCUGCCGCAGAGCCGUCAUUGCAGCCUACGGUUUCACCUGUGUGUGUGUGUAAAUAAGAGAUGACCAUUGAGGACACACAGGCGACACUGCCGUCCGCCAGUUUGUAUUUAAAUUAUUUAUUUUUGUAGACCAUGAUCUCUGCUGUCAGUCCAUAUCUUUAUACCAAUAAAGCCUUUUCCACGA